AUGAAAAGAAAAGAAUCUCUUCAAAUAUUGAAGCCAGUUUUGCAAAGAUCUCCAGAAAAAGGCUCGUAUUCGAUAGGAGUUCACGAUUCAACUGCUACAACACAUUCAUCAUCUACUUAUCGGAGCCAAACAAAGAAUUCCUCUCUAAGAAAAAAUAAAUCAAGAUCGAUAAUAGAUUGUGAGAGUAUCACUACUUUUAAUCAUUCACAGCUCGAAGUUUCUGAGUUUAAAUACGACCCAGAAAUCGCACCAAUUAAAGAAAAAAAUCAAGAAAUAUCAAAAGAUGAAGACUCGAUUUUGCUCGAAUUAGCAGACUUUUUAGGCACCAAUCCAAAAAAAUCUGAAGUGCCAAAUGAGCCUGCCAAAAUCCUAAAUAAUAAAAAACCAAGAAAAUCGCAAUCUCAGCACACUUCUAUUGGUAAGCAAGAAAAAUUAAACGAAAUAAAGCCAGUCCAAAGAAGUAAAAUAUCAUCUGUAAAUAGGGUUAUAAUUAAAACCAAAAUCGAAGGAAAUGCUAUAUUAAAGCGGAAAUUUUUAAACAACAUUAAUAAGUAA